UAGACCAGAUUAGUCAAAGACUCACAGAUCCACCUGCCUCUGCCUCCGAGGAUUAGAGGCCUGCACCACUAUGCCUGGCCAUCAUUUUUUCUGAAAGAUAUUUGGAGUCACACAUCUUCAGCCACUUGCAGUAGCAGUGACUCAGAGCUGUCUUCUCUCAGCCCUAUGUCUGGUGGAUAUGAAACAGCUGCCCCACUGCGCAGGGCUCUGGCCGAGCUGGAUGAACACCACACCUGCAGGAUGCCACCUGCCUCUAUCUGCUUUUUUUCUUGCUGUGGGGUAAUUAAGCUAGCCUGCUAGCAGGAAGUAAUUUCUUUUAUUGCCUCCUUCCUAGGCCAGGUCCUUGGUGGUAAAACCAGUUGGAGAACCACUGGCAACCUCUCAAAAGCUAGUUCUUCCCUUCAGUUCAGAGGUGAAGAAGGGUCAGCUGCUUCAGUAGAAGGUCAAAGCUUGGGACAGACCACGAAAAGCUAUCAAACUUAGCACUGUGGUUGCCUCCUCAGGGUUCAGAUCAGUUUUAGACCGCCAUUGCCCCUAGCUAGUGUUAGGGCUUCUGACCUCUUUGUAAAGAGUCUCUCCUGCCCCACCCCGAUUUCUGUGUUCAUUUGAUUAGGUCAAUUCUGUGAAGCCGUAAGUGCUCGCGUUUGUCAGCGUUCUGUUACCACCACACCCGAGAUAAUCAACGUAUAAAAAGAAAAGAAUUGUUUUUGGCUCAUAGUUCUGGAGUUCAACAUCGUGGCCAGGUCUCCAAGACAUGGCACGCGACGGUGUGGUGGGGACGGAAGCUGCUCGCUUCAUGGCAGGGCCAACAUGGAUGCUAUCAGCCAAUCCCCUGUGGAUGUCCCGCUUCCCAAGCACAUCCUGGAUAUCUGGGCCAUAGUCCUCAUCAUCCUGGCUACCAUCGUCAUCAUGACCUCCUUGUUCCUGUGCCCGGCCACUGCGGUCAUCAUCUACCGAAUGCGGACUCACCCAGUCCUCAAUGGGGCUGUCUGAGACCCUCGAAGGCGGGAUGGCGUGUGAUAAGGGCAGGGGUCUCGCCCCUAUCCUGUUCUCAGAAAGACAGUGGGGGGGAGACUCACGAGCUGGAUUUGUGCUUUAGUUAUGAUUCUGCUGUUGGCCAACAGUGUAGAUGUGAUCAAGGGACCUAACUCUGUGAGUCCCCGGCUCCUUAGCUUUCUGCUAUGGGUCAUGACCCCUGCCUUCCUGCCUCACAGAGUUGUGAGAACCAUGUGAUAGUGGAGGUAAAAGUUGUUUGUGAGCAGUGAAGCCACACAGACAUUGUGCGAUGAGAAGCUUUGAAGAACCAAAGACCCCCUGAAGCUGCUGAUGGUCAAGGAAGUGAGGGAGACUGGGAAAGAGGGCCACUGCCCCUCAUGCCGAGCCAAGCAAAAUGGUGCACCCUGUUCUCAGCAAGGCAGAUUUUUUUUUUUUUUUUUUAAGCAACACUCUUUCUAUUUUUCUCAGUUUGGGAGAAAGAGCGAGUAUGACAGAGGAGAGAGAUGAGUACAAGUUUCAGAAACGUCUCAGCCAAUCCCUGCUCCUGAAGGAGAGCUUUGCCAUUAUGUACCAAGCGAGAUGACCUGCUUCUGCACUGUUGGCACUUCACAUCUCUGUUAGCGCUGACUCUCAGCCGUGUUGGAAAUGCAGGGUCACAGGCCGAGUUUCCCACCCAGCAUUUCAGCUCCUUUGUGUACCCCACAAGUAAAGGAUUCCUCUCUGUCUGAGCUUUGUUGGAUUUAGCUUCAAGCUUUUGUUCUUCAUCUUCUGCGGCACUGGCGAUGGAACUUUGGCCUCCUUCAUGCUGGGAAAGGAUCCCACCACUGAGCUACAGCCCCGCCCUUCUAGCCCUCACAGCUGUCUGAAGUACUUAUUAUUUUAAGAGAUUUCCCAGGACUUUUGAACUCGACUUAAAACAACGAUGGUUAUUUUAGAUGCUAUGGUUUAUAUUUAUAAUAGAGAUAUUUCUAGACUAUUAAUGCUUGCCCUUUGAUACCGAAGUCAGGGGUAUCUUGGGAUUUAUUGUUAUGUAAGAAGAUAGUAUAGAUAUUGGGAUAGUAUUAUGUCAAAUGAUGCUUAAUCGGAUCUUCAUUGAUGUAUGCAUCCAGUUCCCAAUAAAUGCCACACUGAGCAU